UCCUCUCCCCCACCCACUGGAGCCACAGAGAGCCCUGACCUGGGCCAGCCUGACUCUGUCAGUCUCACUUGCUCUGUGGCCAGUCCUCCUACUGAUGACUACCAAUACCAGUGGCAGUGGUGGAGGAAUGGGACACCACUGAGCAACACUGACACUCGAUUCUCUAUCACACACUCCACCAACACUCAGUCCAGUAGUCUAGUCAUAUCUGGUCUCAGAUAUUCCGAUGCAGGAGACUACAUGUGUACAGUGGAGUAUGGAGCAUGUCCUGAUGGAGUGGACUGCAGUGGAACCACACCAGUCACUGGAAACAUACGUCUCAACCUUCCGCUGAUAGUGGAGGUAGAGUCCUCAGGACUGGUGGUGAGAGAAGGAAGUGAGGUGAUUGUUCUGACGUGUGAGGUGUAUGGCUAUCCUCGAGACUCCUCACCUCCCAAGUGGAGCUCUCCUGGGAGAAACCUGGAGACCCGCAGAUUCAACACUACUCUCAGUGACACUGGUCCCCUGAGUGGUGGCAGUGUGUCCUCCACUGACAAGGUCACUGUGUCUCAACUCACCAUAGUCAACGUCACAGAGGCUGACCAAGGAGAGUACACAUGUUCAGUGGAUGGAGAAUCUGCUACCUUC